GUGAACGGCACACAGACCGAGUAAAUACUUAUGGCGGACAACAAGUAAUUUUAAGUUCGAUUGGCUCAAAGAAAAGGUGAGACAUACUACACACCAUCGACGUUGGCGUCAAACCUUGGUUAGGGUUCGCAUAUAUUGAUUCCGGUCUGAUGGCAAACAUAUGGCUUCCUACUGAUUUACUGAACGAGAAGGAAGCCAAUAACUGGAUCAAGGCCGCCUUCGCAAUCAGAAUCACUAAUGAGGGUCUACAAGGUUUUGUGGAUGAUGUGCUGACAUGCGUACACCAGGACAUCUAUAGCGCCGUUAGAACAUCCAAGGGUCUUCCAUCCGGGGCAGCAUGUGCACAUUGUUUCACAGAAAACGUGUUGAAUUGCCCAACUCGUGGGAUAUGCACCAGUACUAGAAACUGUAGAUUUCAUAACUGUCCUCAAAAACUGUAUGCUCCUUGUCCAGUCGGGAUUUGUGAAUGCGUCCGUGAUGAAAUAGUCAAACAUCACAGGUUUUCGGGACCAUCAUGGAAGAAUACGAACGCCGACAAAUGGAGCACCAUUCCCUGGGAGAUAGGCAAGUGUUUCCUGCCUCCUGAUGGCUACAAGACCGUGUCCUCCAUCAAAGACAUUGACUUCAACGGAGUGAUCGCCGUCAUGAUGAAUUGCGAGGAUUUCCGGAACAAGCUGUCGUUUAACAGUGCGACACAGCAAAAUUUAUUAACAGAGGUUCGGGACAUUGGUCGACGCGUACGCCAUUCCCAUGACCAGAGGGUCAAGAACACAGAACUAGUGGACUUCCUGUUCAAGCUCCGCACUCUGCUGGAGGAUAAGACUGAACUAGCAAAUCGACCCGAGGCACAAAACGCUGUUGAACAGCUUAAGAAGCUGCAAGUCGCCGCCUUGGAGAUCAUCGAUGUGAAUGAACAGGAGGUGUUGAAGAAAGUUUCAGUACCCCAGGUCCCGAGAGACCGGGUUAAAGGCAAAAUGCUGGGUAAGGGAUCAUUCGGGGAGGUGUAUUUGUGUCUUGACCGUGACACAGGGCGUGAGCUAGCAUGCAAGGAGGUCAAACUGGUCACUAUCAACGAUGAAGUCUCUAGGGAGGUUAAAGCCCUAAAAAAUGAGAUAAGUUCGUUACGUUUCUUUCCUCAUGAGCGAAUAGUUCAGUACUACGGCUGCAUAUCGGAGGAACAAUGUUUGAUACUAGUUAUGGAAUACAUGCCUGGGGGUUCUUUGUAUACUAUGGUCAAGGAUUAUGGGGCCUUGACGGAGGCCGUUACAGGGCGAUAUACCCGUCAAAUCCUGGAAGGACUCGAAUAUCUACAUGACAAUUCCAUACUUCACAGGGACAUCAAAGGUGCUAAUAUUUUACGUGAUAACUCUGGCAAAAUAAAGUUGGCUGACUUUGGCUCGAGUAAGCGUUUAAAGACCAUUGUCGAAUGCAGUGGCAUUGAGAAGACAAAUUCGUUCGUGGGCACCGCACACUGGAUGGCACCGGAAGUGAUCAAGGGCGAGAAUUACGACAGAAAAGCAGACAUAUGGAGUGUUGGUUGUACAGUGGUAGAAAUGUUGACAAAGUCACCUCCAUGGUUUGAGCUCGAACAUCAUGCAGCCUUAUAUAAAAUAGCGACAGCUACCUUUCCUAGGUACCGUUUACCUGACAAUACCACGAGCGAUGUGCAUGACUUCUUAAAUCUUGUUUUCAAUCUGGAUUCUACACUGAGACCAACAGCACAGGACCUUUUGUCACACCCCAUGGUCAGUAGGUGAAAAGGAAAUCAUAGGACUAGUGAUUCUAAUCAAUUCAUAUUGGGACAAAAUGUAGAUGAAAGUGGUGCCUUUAUGAUCUCUGGUGGAAAGAAGGCAGUGUUUGUAUUAUUUCUUUAUUAAUAUUUUCACAUCCUAGAAAUCAGCUUUAAAGCUGCACUCUCACAGAUUGAACGUUUUGACAAAGUUUUUGUAUUUUUAUCUUGGAACGAUCAAUUUUGUAGUAGACAUCUACAAAACAGUGAUCAAAGACUGCUGACAAAAGAUCAGAUCGCGUGUUUCAUAUUCCGUCCAAAAAAAUGAUGUUUUAUGCAUUUUACUUAAACUGUAAGUAAUAGUUUAAGCCAUAAAACAUUUAAUUUGGAAUGGAAAUAUGAAAACCUGCGAUCUGAUAUUUUGUCAGCAGUCUUUUAUCACUGGUUAGCAGAUAUUUACGCAAAAACUUGCUAUUUCCAAGACAAAAAAUAAAAAAGUUGGAAAAACGUUAAUUUUGUGAAAGUGCAGCUUUAAACAGUAUGAGCGCAGAUGUAUAAAAAACAUCAAUCGAACAUUAUUCAUAAAGAGUAUUUUCAGUAUUGAUGUUUCUAAUGGAAUAAAAUAAAUUAACUUGGAAGGAAAACUGGAUUUUAUACUAAUAUUAACAUCGGGAUGUAUUAGGUGGGAUGUGAUACUUCGAAAUGGAAUGAAGCUUUAGGUUGUUUCAUUGCAAACUAAAUAAUGAAAAUAUAACUUCAAGAACUAAUUUUAAAAUCAAUUGAACCUAAAUCUGAUUAAUGAACCAUUAAAUUAUGUAAAAAAAUAUAAUCAUUUAAUAUUAAAAAGGGAUUGAAUUUUAAUUAUAAAAGAUCGUUUUGAAAUAAGCACAGCCUACCUUUGAUUAGGGAAAUGGUAUUCCCAUUUUUUAAAACAUUUUUUUGUAGCUGAAUGUUCGAACAUUUGAUUUAGAACAAUACGAACAGUUGAAAAACAGACUGCUCGUACUUAACUAUGAUUUAUAUCACAUACUUAGCAUAUAUAGUAUAUCUGUGUCUCUGUCGUUGUUAUGAAACAAAGUACGCAGGGAGUCCAUCGGACUCCACACACUUUGACCGGCCCAAUUGCGUUCAUACCCCGAUAAUGACAUCAACCCCGCAAUUCAUUCCUUAAAUGAAGUGCAGAUUAGUAUAAAUCUUGUAAAUUUGUUCACAGCCUAUCAUUGGCUUGUUUGCACAUUUAAGUGAUUCGAUUGGAUGAUAAAUAAUUAGUGCAACAAAAUUGGCCAAUCAAUAAGCAAUUUUGUUAAUUUUGACCAAGCUAGAGUUAAACAGUUUUAUACAAUUGACUCAAGUUGUUUUGGGGUUGAGCAAUACAAGUUCAGGUAUCAGACAUUAAAAUGAACUGGUCAUUUAUCACAAGGUAAAUCUAUUAUUCCUGAUUUUGGUAUCAUUUGAAAGGGUAUUGCUUGUUGAUUAUUUAUAUUUGAGGUAAAAAAAAUGACUGAAAAUACGUUUUAGAUGAAGUAAUUGCAGUUUGUAUUUUUACAUGGGAACUUACAUUGGACGAGAAAAGACUAAUUUUGAAAUAUUUUAAGGCCAAGAAAGCGUUUUAUUAUUUCCUGUUUUGUAUAAAACAUACUUUAUUUACAAAUAAAAUAUUUCAAAUGUAAACAUACGCAUCAGGCACCCCAAAACCAUGAUUAUCUAGUGCCUGAACGGAGAGCGACUUAAAUAGACAGUUAAGUUUUUACGUCAAGUGCUGUUAUUUUGGUGUUUAAACUCUUCAACAAAAUAGUUGGUGUACGCAACAAGUCAUAGUUUGGUAGUUUGUAACGUUUUUCGGAAGUGAAGUUGUUAAGAAAACUAAAUGAUGUAACUUUGUGUUUUUAUAAGAAAAAAAUAGAUAUGAUUAAAUAAAAGUGAAAAUAAACUGUUAAGACAACUAAUCAAGGUUUUUAAUUCUAAUUAAAUCCUAUUCAUUUUCAAAUUUAUAUUAUUAAGAUCAUUUUGAAAUGUUUGUUAUUCAUUUUGAAUUAUUACCAGCAUCCGUUAUGAAAUUGAUGUGGAGAAAUUCAACGAUCAAUGGCAACUGUUUAUAACUUGGUGUCUGAAAUAAGCUGCAAAAACAAAUCAUAUCAAUCGCUUGUCUAAGAUUUUGAAAGAAAAGAGUCAAGUUUUUGUUAUAGCCCUGAAGUUAUUGUCGUCGUUGGAUACCAAAAGCUAAAUCUUUAACAAAGUCCGUAACUGAAAACCUUAUGCAAGAUAUUCAUAUAAAACCUGCUCCACAUGAUGCCCGAGACAGCACACAUAUGUACAACAAUAUAUAUAUUACUCUUACUUUAAUCAUUUUUGAGUUAUACCUCUUUAUUUACUGAAUAACAACAGACGUGCCUAGCUGUUCUUCUCAUAAUUCUCUUGUUUUAAAUUAAGUUACGGUUUCAGAAUUAUUCACUCUAUAUGCAGUUAAUAGCUUCCCUUUCCUGAAAUUGCAAAAUGUGCCAUACUUAACCAAACUGCUAAACAAAAGCACGUUUAAUAUUUUAAAUGUAAGAAAUGUGUUUUACUUAAAAUCAUCCAACAUUAUGUAAAAUUAAGAUUUGUAUUUUGGUAUUAUAUUAAAGUAUUUAUAUUCAGCUAUACGAUGUGGAGGUUGUAUGAAUCUUAAUGACUAAUUUGAUGUUAAUUCAGCAUGCAUCUAAUUUUUAACUUUUCGUUGUUUGAGUUUUUCAAGACUAUUCUUGUUUUCUGUUCAGUUCUAAUUGAUUUAUUUAAAAUGUGUUAUUUGAAAGUCAAUCUUGUUCUGGUUGAAACUGUUUUCUAAAAUUAAACAAUAGUUUGCUUAAUAAAUCAAAACAAUGUGUUUUACAAUUGAUGAGCACAGUUCACGUAAUCAACGCAUGUAUCGCUUGAAUUAUAUUUGGAAAUUAAGAGCUUUAUUGGUCAGUUAAGGCAACGUUCAUUUAAUCUUGCAAGAAAAAUGUUCUAUUUAGUUUGUGACAUUCACUACAUAUUUUCAAAUUCUUAAUGUUACGAUCUUUGUCGUACGCUUGUUGAUAAGAUGACCCCGAUGUCAUUUAACAUAGACUCUUAAUCAUUUAUGUAUUUGUAUUUUACUGGCCAAGCCUUAAUCAGAAAAAUCAUUAUAGAAGUAGAUAGUUUACAUUUAUAGGAAAAUAAAUUUAUGACGGUAAAUAAUGAUUCUCUCUGCUUUUAUAAUGAUAUUUCUUAUUGUUAAUUUGCUUAAAUAAGAUUUUAGAAUAAUUUAUUUCUUCCGUAAAAUGGAGACACCGUUUUGAUUCCUUUAUUUCUUCAAAAAAAUGAAGAAGGAAUGACCCAAUCACCUCACAAAUAUUCUUGAUGUGAAAUAAGGAACAAAGUCUAAAUAAUAAAUACCAUUUGAAAAUAAAUGCCGUUUGAUUUUGACCUUGUAUGACAAAGAUAUGGACCGGACACAAACUAUCAUCAGCAGGGAAUUAACGUUAGACGGGGCGAAACUCAGAGGGCACAAUCUUUUGACAAUGACCCCUGCCUUAGAACCGGAUUUUUAUAUUUGUUUAAAUAUUUGCAGAGGGGUAUAACCUCAAGAAUGUAUGUACAAUUUCUCCUCAGAAAUUGUGUAUUUUAUUACUUUUUCCAAUAUUCACGUAAAAAGUAAACUUGGAUGAUUGAAAUUGGCUGAGGGGCGCAGAGGUGAUUAGUAAGGCUUUUUCUAUAGCAAAGCUUGAGCUCGAAGGUAGGGACACGGGUCUUGUGGUCCCUUCUGUCAAAUAACUGAUCAUCGAGGUCAAGGUCACAGAAACCAUCUGAACAUUGUAUGUUUUGCUCUAUGAGCCGUAUUGAUAAAUGUCCGGUCCAUAUCAUUGUCAUACAAUGUUCGAAUAAAAAAAAGUAUUUGGAUGUAUACUCUCUUUUCUGUUUUAUUAACAUCAAGUAUUGUGUUGCUACAUUGUUUAAAUAUGAUGAAUAUCAUGUUGUUUAUAAUAUGUUGUGUUGUACAACCUAUCUGAUAAUGCAUAUCGAGGUGUGUUUGAAAUAGAUACAAAUGUUACGUAUCUUGUACAGUAUCUUAAGGAUUAAGUUUGAAUGUAAAACUUUGUAUUUGUAAAUUGUAUUAUCUCAUCGAUUGUAUUUUGUUUAUAUUUUCGGUUUUUAAACAUGUUAUGUGUUUGCACGUUAAGUACAUUAAAACAGAAUAUGUAUUGUCAGCGUCUGAGACGUCUAUAUAUGUGUGUAUAAUAAAAAGGAAACUUAUA